GGCGCCCUCCCCGGCCCCAGGCCCUGCGGCUGCGGCAGCGUCGUGGGCUGUGAGUUCGGGGGAGAGGGGUAACCCGGGGCUCCUUCGCAGUAAUCCCAAAUCCUGUCCCCCGGAGGUGAGACCUUUGCUGGGCAGCUCCCCAGUCUAGGUUUGAGGGAGAGGAGCCAAGGACUGAGGCCCCUGGCCGCCAUCUGGGAGUGGGCUGAGAGGCCGCAGGGAGUCCUUGAAGGAGACCGGAUUGCAGCGCGUCGGGGGGCGCCGGGCAGGAAGGGCGAGCAGCAGGUGAGAAAGGCGCAGUGGAGCCCGCCCGGCCGCAGGAGGUAACCAGCUCACCGCCCUCCCCAGCGCCCGGGCGCGUGGCGGGGGAGCCCAUGGCCCGCCUUUUCGGCCCCCGGCCGCCCCCCAGCGAAGACCUCUUCUACGAGACCUACUACACUCCUCAAGCUCCCCAUCCCAAUAUUCACUCCGGCACCUCUUCCUGGCAGGAGCUGACCUCAGACUCGGGCUUCCUGGCCACCGUCGUGUGUGCACUGGGCGGCUUCUCACUGCUAUUGGUCCUCGCUUCCCGCGAGCAGCGACUGCAGCGCUGGACACGGCCACUCUCGGGACUCGUGUGGGCCGCGCUGCUCGCAUUAGGCCAUGGCUUUCUGUUCACCGGGGGUGUUGUCAGCGCCUGGGACCAGGUGUCUUUUUUCCUCUUCAUCAUCUUCACUGUGUAUGCCAUGUUGCCCUUGGGCAUGCGGGAAGCCACCGCUGCAGGCCUCGCCUCCUCCCUGUCGCACCUGCUGGCCCUCGGGCUGUACCUUGGGCCGCAGCCAGACUCAAGGCCAGCGCUGCUGCCACAGCUCGCAGCAAACGCGGUGUUGUUCCUGUGCGGGAACGUGGCGGGAGCAUACCACAAGGCGUUAAUGGAGCGAGCGCUGCGGGCCACGUUCAGGGAGGCACUCAGCUCUCUGCACUCGCGAAGGCGGCUGGACACUGAGAAGAGGCACCAGGAACACCUUCUCUUGUCCAUCCUUCCUGCCUACCUGGCCCAAGAGAUGAAGGCAGAGAUCAUGGCUCGGCUGCAGGCUGGACAAGGGUCCCGGCCAGAGAGCACCAACAACUUCCACAGCCUCUAUGUCAAGAGGCACCAGGGAGUCAGUGUGCUGUAUGCUGACAUCGUGGGCUUCACCCGGCUGGCCAGCGAGUGCUCCCCUAAGGAGCUGGUGCUCAUGCUCAAUGAGCUUUUUGGCAAGUUCGACCAGAUCGCCAAGGAGCACGAAUGCAUGCGGAUCAAGAUCCUGGGGGACUGUUACUACUGUGUCUCUGGGCUGCCCCUGUCACUACCAGACCACGCCAUUAACUGUGUACGCAUGGGGCUGGACAUGUGCCGAGCCAUCAGGAAACUGCGGGCAGCCACUGGUGUGGACAUCAACAUGCGUGUGGGGGUGCACUCAGGCAGCGUGCUCUGCGGAGUCAUCGGGCUGCAGAAGUGGCAGUACGAUGUGUGGUCCCACGACGUCACACUGGCCAACCACAUGGAGGCGGGUGGCGUGCCAGGGCGAGUGCACAUCACAAGGGCUACCCUGGCCCUCCUAGCAGGGGCGUAUGCUGUGGAGGAUACCGCCAUGGAACACCGGGACCCCUACCUUCGGGAGCUAGGGGAACCUACCUAUCUGGUCAUCGAUCCCCGGGCUGAGGAGGAGGAUGAGAAGGGCACCGCAGGGGGAUUGCUGUCCUCUCUUGAGGGCCCCAAGAUGCGUCCAUCACUGCUGAUGACCCGCUACCUGGAGUCCUGGGGUGCAGCCAAGCCUUUUGCCCACCUGAGCCACGUAGACAGCCCUGUGUCCACCUCUACCCCUCUUCCGGAGAAGGCCCUGGCUUCCUUCAGUCCCCAGUGGAGCCUGGACCGGAGCCGAACUCCCAGGGGACUGGAUGAUGAGCUGGACACUGGGGAUGCCAAGUUCUUCCAGGUCAUCGAACAGCUCAACUCUCAGAAACAGUGGAAGCAGUCCAAGGAUUUCAACCCAGUGACACUGUACUUCCGAAAGAAGGAGAUGGAGAAAGAGUAUCGACUUUCGGCACUUCCUGCCUUCAAAUACUAUGCAGCCUGCACUUUCCUGGUUUUUCUCUCCAACUUCAUUGUCCAGAUGCUGGUGACAAACAGGCCCCCAGCUCUGGCCAUCACCUAUUGCGUCACCUUCCUCUUGUUCCUCCUCCUGCUCUUCGUGUGCUUCUCAGAGCACCUGACGAGGUGUGUCCUGAAAGGCCCCAAGAUACUACACUGGCUUCCCACACUGUCCAGCCUGGUGGCCACAAGGCCCGGACUGCGAGUGGCCCUGGGUACUGCUACCAUCCUCCUCGUCUUUGCCAUGGCCAUUACCAGCUUGUUCUUCUUACCAGCAUCAUCGGACUGCCCUUUCUGGGCUCCCAAUGUGUCCUCCAUGGCUUUCAACCUGUCCUGGGAGCUCCCUGGGUCCCUGCCUCUCAUCAGUGUCCCAUACUCCAUGCACUGCUGCGUGCUGGCCUUCCUCUCCUGCUCCCUCUUUCUGCACAUGAGCUUCGAACUGAAGCUGCUGCUGCUCCUGCUAUGGCUGGUGACGUCCUGUUCCCUCUUCCUGCACUCCCAUGCCUGGCUGUCUGACUGCCUCGUCGCCCGCCUCUAUCUGGGGCCCCUAGACUCCAGGCCAGGAGUACUGAAGGAGCCAAAACUGAUGGGAGCUGUCUCCUUCUUCAUCUUCUUCUUCACCCUCCUUGUCCUAGCUCGGCAGAAUGAGUAUUAUUGCCGCUUGGACUUCCUGUGGAAAAAGAAGCUGAGGCAAGAGCGGGAGGAGACAGAGACGAUGGAGAACCUGACCCGGCUACUCUUGGAGAAUGUGCUCCCUGCCCACGUGGCCCCCCAGUUCAUUGGCCAGAACCGGCGCAAUGAGGACCUCUACCAUCAGUCCUACGAGUGUGUUUGUGUCCUGUUUGCCUCAGUCCCGGACUUCAAAGAGUUUUACUCUGAAUCCAACAUCAACCAUGAGGGGCUAGAGUGUCUGCGGCUGCUUAAUGAGAUCAUUGCUGACUUUGAUGAGCUGCUCUCCAAGCCCAAGUUCAGUGGAGUGGAGAAGAUCAAAACCAUUGGCAGCACCUACAUGGCAGCCACAGGCUUAAAUGCCACCUCUGGACAGGAGGCACAACAGGAUACUGAGCGAAGCUGCAGCCACCUUGGCACCAUGGUGGAAUUUGCGGUGGCCCUGGGGUCUAAGCUGGAUGUCAUCAACAAGCACUCGUUCAACAACUUCCGUCUGCGUGUGGGGUUGAAUCACGGACCAGUUGUGGCCGGAGUGAUUGGGGCUCAAAAGCCACAAUACGACAUUUGGGGCAACACGGUGAAUGUGGCCAGCCGCAUGGAGAGUACAGGAGUCCUUGGCAAGAUCCAAGUGACGGAAGAGACAGCUCGGGCCCUGCAGUCCUUGGGCUACACCUGCUACAGCCGGGGUGUCAUCAAGGUCAAAGGCAAAGGCCAGCUCUGCACCUACUUUCUAAACACAGACUUGACACGAGCUGGACCUCCUUCAGCUGCCCUCGGCUGAGAACCCUCAGCUCCCCAAUAUCCUCAGUAAAGAAACUCUGGGACGUCUGGAGCCAGCUGGUGUCGGACGCUGCUGGAUAUAACUAGGGAUCAUCUCCUUGCUCCUCACCCAGGUGGCUUCUUCCCGGGUCAAACUGAGUGUAUGUGUGUGUGUUUGCACGUGGUUGUGCUGGCACACAUAUGCAUAGGGGUAUGUGUGUUGGAAGGGAGUGAUUAUUUUCACAAGCGUGGGAGAGGACUGCCUCAGCCUCCCCGCUGGCCUGCCAACCUCAAUCCAGUAUGUUGUGUACCUUGGAAUUUCAGCCACAUGACUCAGAACAAAGGUUGGUCCUUUCCUGCCCCUACCUUCAUAUAUGAGAAGGGAUGUCCAGGGAAAUGUCAUUCGGACCUUCAACCAUUCAACAAACACUACGUAAGCACCUACCAGGUGUUUAUUAUCCAGAAUGGCGAGAGGCUUGGAAAUCAUGUAUGAGGACCUUUCCAGUUUCAGCCGCUGCUCUUAAAUGGCCCACCAUGCUUUUCAGCAAAGACCUGUAAACAAUUUUGGGGUUCUCCUGCUCUCAGAUCCCCCUCCCUGAUACACCCUUCUGAACAGAUGCUGAUACGCUGUAGGAGGUCUUGAGGCAGCAGCGGUUCACUCUCAUCUGGUUGUACUCUGGGGUCCAUGGGAGAUAUCUUGACACCCUAAGUUUGUCACAGAUGUUGCACAUGAAUUUUUGGUUAGACUCUCCUCUCCUAGUUGUUCUCUCUCUCUCUCUCUCCCCCCCCCCUCUCUUUAUGGGAAAUAUCUGAAAAAUACACUACUGCCACUGCUGCUGUCGUCUUCCUAAAAUGCCAGAACAGAACUGAGCAAAGGUCCUCUAAGACAACAGGCAGCCCUGGGGAAUAAUGGCACAUCCCUCUGGCUUUUGGGAAUCUUUGUUUCCUAGGGUAACCAUGGCCACUGAGAACUCAGCCUGGCCCUGUGCCAGGGUAUGCAGUAGGGGCUGGCAGAAGCUGACCUACAGAAUUCUAGGGGAUAAUUUUUAAAAAAUAAUUAGAAUAAUAAUAAUAAUGAUUGGGGAAAACAGAAAAGAUAUUG